CAGGUCGUCAAAUUUAUUGCCUUCGGGCGGUGUGGCAAUGUUUUCCUCUUUCACGUGGCGCACCAAGCUUUUCUUCUUCACCAGCCACCAACCUUUUUACACUGAUCCACCUCACACUUACCUAUAUCGAAAUCCGAGCGAAUCGGAUAUCGAGUUGUUGGCCAUACACAGUCGUGUAGCUCUCAUACUCAUCUCUCGAUAUGUCGGACUCUAAGAGGAAACAGCCCAGCUCCAGAGGCGGCGAUGCCCACCCAGCGAAGAGAAGCAAAGGUGGGAAGGGUGCAGGUGCCUGGCAGACGCCCCAACACAAGGCUAAGGUUGCCAGCCUUCAAGACAAAGGCGUCACCAUCGGCGUUGGAGACAAGGGCAUUUGGGUUACAUUUGCACGAGGCAUGGACGCGAAAGCAAUCAGCGAGUUCAACUUGCUCUGUGACGAGUAUGGCAAAACGAUGUAUAACAUUGCCCCUCCCGACGAAGAUGUUGAAUCGGACAACGAGGCCGAGGACAUCGAGGAUUCCAUCAAGAAGGAGCUCGAGGGUAUUAGUGGCGGUGGCAAGAGCAAGUCCAAGCGCAAUUUCAAAGCUAUCAAGGCCGGCAUCGAAUGUGUCUUCUUCAUGAAGACGAGAGAUCCAGUGGAUCCUGUUGAGCUCUGCCGCCGGAUCUGCCAAGAUGCAAGCCUUUGCACAGAUUUGAAGGAGCGAAGAACUAAGUAUAUCAACCGACUGACGCCGGUUACGUUUGUCGAUAAGGCCUCGGAGAAUGGCGUAGCAAGAGUAGCCAGGAAGGCCUUAGCAGCCCACUUCGAGUUGACGAUGGACACCCUUCCUAGGGUUACGGAUAGCGAGAUUAAGGAGGGAUCAGUGGAAAUUGGAGUUGGGAAAGAGGAUGUCAGGGAACAGGAGAUCAGUGCAGAAGCGCCAAGAGAGGCUGAGAAGCCAGCCUUCACGUAUGCCAUCCGACCUUCGAUAAGAAGCAAUAGCUCACUUGACCGCGACGAGCUCAUCAGUCAAAUCGCCAAGGCCGUCAAUCCGAGACACAAGGUCAACCUGACUAACCCUGACAAGGUGGUGCUGGUUGACGUCUUCCAGAGCUUCUGCGGCAUGAGUGUCAUUGAGCGUAGUGACUGGGACGGGCUCAAGAAGCUCAAUGUCAACGAGUUGUAUAAAGCUUCUCCCGGGGCAAAGCCAAAGGAUAUGGGCGCCAAGGCGAGCGGUGAAGGUGGAUGCGGCGUCUUGGAUGCGAUGUGAUUGAUAGCGAUAGUAACCACGACAGAUGUAGCCUGACUUCCAAGCAGUUAGUCGGAAAGAAUAGCUAACUCAUCGUUUCUGACAUACGCCCAGUUACACAGGCACUCGAAGAUAUACGACAUAGACAGCGUCGAAUUACAG